AUGCAGGAUUUCGCUGGCCUGUUGUAUGAGCGUCGCUACAUCGGCUCCGUGCGGUUUGAUGACGAGACCGCUAACAGGAACUCCUACAACCUCAGCGUUUUUCGAGCCGUCCUGGCGGGCGCUUUAUACCCCAACUUCGUUAUGCUCACUGAACGGCCUCCGAAGUAUGCAUUUGCGUUCUUUCUUGCAUGCGUGUUUUACCUCUGGCUGCACUUUAAGCACAUCUGGUCUUUUAAAACUCAGUCCUCGCGCGUGCAGUAUCAUCUGAUGGAAGGAAUUUAG